UCGUCAACCAAGGGCAACAAUUUACAACAAACAGCAACAAAGUUAAUGUCAGUGGUCAAGAAUAAGUUGAUAUGGCGCCACAACCACCAACACCAAGUCCAGCACAACAACAAUCUGGUGCACCAACUGGUGGUCAACAAGGUCCACAACAAGCAACACAAGGACAAUCAACUGGUAAUAUACAAAUAAGUGGACUACCAGCUGACCCAGGAAAUCGUAAUAUAAUUCAACAACUUGUAUCAUUAUUACAUGCACAUGAAUGUCAAAUACGUGAACGUUCAGGAAUAAAUGGUGAAUCAUGGCGUUGUACAUUACCACAUUGUACAACAAUGAAAAAUGUAUUGGCACAUAUGACAACAUGUGAAGACGGUAACGAAUGCUCAAUACCACUCUGUAGUUCAUCUAAACAAAUCUUAACACAUUGGAAACAAUGUCAACGCACUGAUUGUCCUGUAUGUUUACCAGUUAAACAAACUGAUAAAACAAUUAGUGAAAAUCGUCUACCAAGUUUACAAUUACCUAGUGGUUUAAAUGCUGGACAAGUAACAGCAAAUCCAGUACAAGAAACAAAAGAUUGGCAUCAAUCAGUAACACCAGGUUUACGUAAUCAUCUUGUUCAUAAAUUUGAAGAAGUACUAUUAUCAGCACCAAAUCCAUAUGCACUGUUUGAUAACAGAUUUCCUAAUGCAACUGCAUAUGCAAUAAAAGCUGAGAAUGAUAUAUUUGAAAUGGCUUUUUCAAGAUCUGAUUAUUAUCAUUUAAUGGCUGAAAAACUAUAUGAAACUGUAAAAAAACUUGCAGUAAGACGUAGCGAACAACAACAACAUCCAUUACCAUCAUGGAGACGAAGUCUAAGCUUACAAUCAUCAAUGUCAACAACACCAACUGGUGACAUUGCAUCACAAGGAAGUGGACCACUUGAUGCAUCAAUUGUUUCAUCAAUGUCAGCAUUAGACAUCAACAAUCAAUAUCAAUAAUAAUAAUAAUAAAGAGAGAACAGAGCAGUCAUGAAGAAUUUGAUACAACUGAAACUAAGGAUGGCUGAUCAACCAAGGGCCAAUUAAUUCCAGAGAAUAAUAUCAUUGGAAAAAUGGGC